UCUGCACACCCCUACCCACCCACCCCACUCGGAGAAAAUCAUUACCAAAUAGAGAGCGCGAGCGCACGCGGAGCUGUGGCUGCAGCCGCGUCACCGCUGGGCUGCGUUUACGACGCAAAGCACACGAGCGGCACAUCCUCGGCAGAUACGAACAGCGCGCGCACCCGCCUUCAAACGCACAACCAUUUACGCGCAGUGUGUCUGAGCCUGCGAGGGUUCUCCGUUUGACUCCUUCCUCCCAGUGACCGUCGGUUAAUCGUUUAUUAUCGAGGGUAGCUGCAGCGGGGGUGACACCGAGCAGCCUCCGGCCGGUGAGGCGAAUCCUGGAGCCCCCACCACUCAUCCGCUCCGUCAAAAUACGACGCACGCGACGCCGCCGCGCGGUUGCUGGGAUCUCGAACGGCCCGGUAGCCUCCGGUCCCGUCUCCAUUCAGUAGCGCUGCACGUACCCGUGGGAGAACCCGAGAGCAUCCCUCCAUCCCACCCAGCCUAUCCCCACCCCCCUCCCCUCUUUCUCUCCCCCCCUUUCUCUCUCGCUUUCAGCCCCUCUGGACCUGUGCUAUGCCGGAGCUCUAGGGGAGAGAGGAGGGGGGUCUCAUCAAGCCAGGGACCUGGGGGGGGUGGGAGGAAGGAGGCUUUUCGUGGCCGGGGUGUAGACGUACCCUCCGCGUGGCGAGGCGCCUCUGUAUCGGAGGAUGCUGGAAUAGAGCGGCCGAGCGCGGAAGAUGGGAAAGGACCAGGAACUGCUGCAGGCGGUGAAGACCGAGGACCUGCUCACCGUGCAGAAGCUGCUGCAGAGGCCCCGGCCAGGGAAAGCAAAGCUCCUCGGGUCUGCAAAGAAAGUGAAUGUCAACUUCCAGGAUACAGAUGGGUUUUCUCCGCUGCAUCAUGCUGCCCUUAAUGGGAACCUGGAGCUCAUCUCCCUGCUGCUGGAGUCACAGGCUGCAGUCGACAUCAGAGACCAGAAAGGUAUGCGGCCGCUGCACUAUGCAGCCUGGCAGGGGAAGGCAGAGCCCAUGAAGAUGCUGCUGAAAUCGGGUUCGUCUGUCAACGGCCAAUCAGACGAAGGACAAAUUCCUCUCCACCUGUCAGCUCAGCACGGCCACUAUGAUGUGUCUGAGAUGCUGCUGCAGCACCAGUCCAACCCGUGCAUCGUGGAUAACGCAGGGAAAACCCCUCUGGACCUGGCCUGUGAGUUCGGCAGAGUUGGGGUGGUCCAGUUGUUGCUGUCUAGUAACAUGUGCGCUGCUUUGCUGGAGCCCAAAAAAGGAGACACCACCGACCCUAAUGGGACGUCUCCGCUGCAUCUAGCUGCUAAGAAUGGACACAUAGACAUCAUCAGGCUGCUGAUCCAGGCUGGCAUCGACAUAAACAGGCAGACCAAAGCAGGCACUGCCCUGCAUGAAGCUGCCCUCUGUGGAAAGACUGAGGCAGUGAGACUCCUGCUGGAGAGUGGUAUCAAUGCCACUGUGAGAAACACGUACAGCCAGACUGCGCUGGACAUCGUCUAUCAGUUCACUGCAACACAAGCAAGCAAAGAGAUCAAACAGCUGCUGAGGGAUGCGUCUGCAGCCCUUCAAGUUCGGGCUCUGAAGGAUUACUGCAACAACUACGACCUGACCAGCCUCAACAUCAAAGCGGGAGAUGUCAUUACGGUUUUGGAGCAGCAUCCCGACGGACGCUGGAAAGGCUGUAUCCAUGACAACAGAACAGGAAAUGACCGCGUGGGCUACUUUCCAUCCACCAUGGUGGAGGUCAUCAGCAAACGCACAGGUUUGGCCAGCACAGUCAUUUGCACUCAACAGUUUCAAAAGAUACCGCUGGUUGCCCCGGCGACGGUUGCCCCUGCCAACGCAGUAGUCAACGGCAACGACACCACGUUCCAUCAGAUCCAUAUCCUGCCUCCACCGCCUCCUCCUCCACCACAUUCCCAUCAGCCACUGCUUCCACUUUUCACUUCCUUUGGCUAUAACAGGUCACCCGUGACAAGUCCACAGGGAGACACACCUACUGCCCCAGGUUGUCGCGGCUCAGAGGCAAGUCCUCAAAGUUCUCCUACCCCGUCCAGCGGGCCCCAUGGAGGCUCCAAUGAAGAGAUCUGGGUACUGCGCAAGCCUGUGGCAGGUGGAGAUCGCAGCAGCGUCGGUAGUUCCGGCAGUGUAACCAGUGUGAGGUCAUCAGGCAGUGGGCAGAGUGCUGGCAGCGCUGCACACAUCCUCCACGCACAGGCUGAGGGGGUUAAGCUUUUAGCCACCGUCUUGUCUCAGUCUGCCAAAGCGAAGGAGCAUCUGAUGGAGCAAUCCAAGUCUCUGGAUCAGCCUCCAGGCUCUGCCAGCUCCUCUCGGACAUCGAGCCAAUCAGGCUGUCCACUCCACGAAGCGCCGCCUUAUGAUGCCACGGCAACCAGGAAGGGGGAGGGUCCAUCCGAGGGGAAGAGCUCAGAGGCCGUUGUCCAAUGGCUGAGCGACUUUCAGCUGCAGGUCUACGCUCCAAACUUCCUGGGCGCUGGGUAUGACUUGCCCACCAUUAGCCGAAUGACCCCGGAGGAUUUGACCGCUAUUGGGAUAACUAAACCAGGUCACAGAAAGAAGAUAACAUCAGAGAUUAACAAGCUAAGUGUUACAGAGUGGCUGCCUGAGCAUAAACCUGCUAGCCUAGGAGAAUGGCUAUCUUCUAUUGGUCUAAGCCAGUACCACCAGAUGUUAGUGCAGAACGGUUACGAGAACAUCGACUUCAUCACGGACAUCACUUGGGAAGACCUGCAGGAAAUAGGCAUCACCAAACUGGGCCACCAGAAAAAGCUAAUGCUGGCGGUGAAGCGGCUGGCUGAAAUGCAGCGCAGUUCAGAUGGGCGGGGCUCCCUCCGAAAGAAGCCCCCACCAAUCACACAGCAGCAGGAAGUCAUGUCGAUGGAUAGUCCCCCCCCAGAUGAGGUCAUGUCUCCCAAAAUGAGCACCUUCCAGGACAGCGAGCUGAGCACCGAGCUACAGAGUGCAAUGACCCAGCCAGGUCAGGAGGUCAAAGCUCAGCGAACACGCAGCCUCAGCAAAGACCACGAUGAGGUGCUUACAGGGGGAGGAGGAGGUGGCGGUGGGCCACCUAAGAAGGAGGCCCGGACUAUGAGGCAGCAGAGCAGCCAGGGAAGCACGUCCUCUCACCGAAGCAGUGUAUCCUCACAAGGCAAACAUCGUCACUCUCAUUCUCACUCACAGCCUGCGCCUCCCUACACACCCCCACACACUCCAACCAAGACCAGGACCUCUUCCUCCUCUUCCACAUCAUCUGUGCAGAGCACCUCUUCCCCACAGGCCAAGCCCAAGCCGUCCCCACAGUUCAUCCAGGGGGAAAGACCUCAGUCACCGCGCUCACAUCCUCCUCAGUCUCCAACCCAUCGCGGAGCACCAUGUCAGCUUCAGCCCCAGCAGCAGCAACCUCAAAUGCAGCCGCAGCACCAGGCUCACCCUCACCCUCAGCACCACCCACAGAUGCAGGCGAUGGAGGUCAGGGAGAGUCAGCAAGUCCCAGUCCUCUGUCUCCCACCAGAGGCAGAGUUAGCAGAGGAAGAAGGACCAAAGAACUCGUCUGUCCAGAAUAAACGCGCUCACACGCUCAACCGCUACGCUGUCUCAGAUAGCGAGUGCGAUGAGAGAGCGGGAGGAAGAGGAGGGGGUGGAGGAGAAGGAGAAGCUGACGUUGUAAGCCAGAGCUCAACCGCUGUGAGAGGGGAAGGAGGGAAAUACGCCACAGUAACACACCGAGUCAGCCGUAGCCACUCUGUACGCAAUCAGGAAAAGGGCGCCAACCGAAACCAGAGCCAGUCGUUUGCUCUCCGUCAGAAGAAAAAAGGACCACCCCCACCGCCGCCCAAACGCUCCAGCUCGGCCAUCUCCACCUCCAACUCCAAUCUGACGGAUGCCAACACACAGCCGAAUACACUCACCACUACUGGGGGGAUGCUGGAUGUGCCUUACUACCAACAACGGCGAGCCAGCGACCUGGGGGUGUCCGUGGAGACAGCUGCCGUGGAGACGAGCAGCGUUGGCAGUGUGAGGAGCAUUGCCGCCAUGUUAGAAAUGUCUUCUAUCGGGGGAGGAGCCAAAGGCAUGGCAUUGCAGAAGAACUUUUUGCAGGUGGGAAAAACACGUGAUGCCAUCGGUCUAGAUGGUGAGGUGGUAAACCGACGACGGACCAUCAGCGGCCCCGUCAGUGAGCUUGUGGCGGCAGCAAGGCGCGACCAGCCAACUCCUUUGACUUUCCCCUCUCCCUCCACCCAGCCUGAAUCCUCCCCUCCUCCUGUUAAUUCCUCCUCACCCCAACCUCCAUCCUCACCCCACCCCAGCUCAGGAGGCAGUGGCAGCUCUUCAGAGAAUCUGCCUUUUGCAGAGGAGGGAAGUCUAACCAUCCGCCGCCAAGGUCGAGGAGAAGGAGAAGGACAGUGUGUAUUUUGUGUAUGUCUGCAGGGUGACGGCGAGGGUCACCAGGGAGACAGCAGCUACACCCAGGAUGACAUCUCCAAUGUUGAAGCCACGGCGACCUUAAAACGACGACCCCGCAGUUCCAAGCCCCACACCAACGGCUCUGACUUCACCCUUCAAGAGUCAUCCACCGUCAAGCGACGACCCAAGAGCCGCGACAAAGAGCCCGAGGGCUACGCAGACCUGGCCACAGCCAACGGGGAGCCUGCGAACACCGGGCAGCCAAACACCACGCAGCCAGUUCCCUACCAGAACGGCACAGCCACCGUGAAACGCCGCCCAGUGUCUGAUGCUGGAGUGAUCGAGCAACCCCAACCUCAACCUCAACCUCAACCGCAACCCCAACCUCAACCUCAACCCCAACCUCAAACACAACCACAAGUGACUGCUGCUUCUCGCAGGGACAGCUUGGACCAAGGAGCUCCAGUGGCAAAUGAAGGUGGUCCUGUGAGGAAACCAAAGCCUCCAGUCUCCCCAAAACCUGUAGUGGCACAGAUAAAGAGACAGGGAGGACCUCAGACCCCACCGCAGCCUGUAUCCAACAAACGAGUACCCCUACCAGGUCCAGGGACACCUGGAAGUCCAGUGGAAGGAAAGAAAAUCCCUCCACCAGUUUCACCCAAACCAGCGCCACCACCCACAGCGCCCAAACCAGCCAAGCUCAUCCACUCUGUAACUGGCCCCGCACUGUCGACCCCAGCCUCUGCCCCGGCCAAGCAGCACUCUGCAGUGGCCCGACAGACCAGUUCACCGCCCUCCUUCCCCCCAUCUAACACUCCCAGCCCGCCGAACGCCAAACCGACGAGCCCUUCCUCCCAGAGUCCCCACACCCCACAGACACCCACCACGCCACAGACGCCCCAGACUCCUGCCACGCCCAGCCCAACCCCUCCGCCUGUCAAACCCCCACGAUCCUCCAUCGGGGGGGUGUCAGUGGACAGCGGGAUGUCAGGGGGCGGGGUCACGGCGCCAGCCGCCACGACAACAGAGUUCGGAGUGGAUUCAUUGGUGCACCAGAAGUUGGAGGAAACAAGCGCUUCGCUGGCUGCUGCUCUGCAAGCCGUGGAGGAUAAAAUACUACGACAGGAAGACUCUGUGGCUGAGCAGAAGACCACAGUUAGCAUCCUUGACGACAUCGGCAGCAUGUUUGAUGACCUCGCCGACCAGCUUGACGCCAUGUUGGAGUAACUACAGAAACCAGCCGGUGUGUCUCCUUAGCAACGCUGCAUCAGAAGUGACUCAGUUGGCACAACAGACAACACGCCUCUCUAUCUCGCACCUUCUCCUCAUCCUUCUCUCUCUCAUCAUUCCCCUCCACCCCUCCCUGUCAUCCGUCCAUCGGUCUGUUGCUGCGCCAUUCCCGUCCUCUUCCUCUCGUCUCCUGAUGAUAACGGAGCAGCACCGCAGGCCCGGACAGACUUGGCGAGAGAAGGAGAGAGCAAGAAAGAGGAAUAGAUAGAGAGACUAAAAGAGAAAUGUUGGUUGGGGAAAGGACCAAAGACAAGCGAUGGAGGAGAGAAAGUAGAAAAAACACACAAAUGAUGAGAGAUGAAGAAAUGCAACAAAACGGAGGAGACUGCAAUCAAAAUGUGAGUCUUUAAAGAACUCUUCUGCUCAAAGCGAGCAAAGAAACAAAACCAAUACAGAAUGAAAAACCAACUGUGUAAUGAAUCAUAGUAUGGUAUGUGUACAUUAUAAGCAUGGAGAGUUUAUAUCUACUGAAAAAGUCCUGCAUUAGCACAGUAAUAUAUAAUAUACCGAUAAAUAUGAAUCUUUAGCUCUUUGGUUUGAUGUCUUGGUUCUGUGUGGAAUGGUGACCUCUGGUGUUGUGAUGAUGUAAAUGACUUGAUGGAUUUUUUUUUGUUUUGUUUUUGUUUUUUAUCCGUGACCAAAACGAGACUAUUCAGCUCCUGAGGUGUGUGUGUGUGUGUGUGUGUGUGUGUGUUGUGUGCAUGCAAGAGAGAGAGGGAGAGCAAUAGGAACAGGGUGGUAGAUGUAUGUAUGUGAGUGUUUCAGGAUCAGAUUCUGUUUCCUGUCCUGGCUGCAUCUUUGCCAGAUCUUCGUCAUCACCCUGUACACACACACACACACACACAGGAGAAGCACAAUGCAGUCAGAUUGAUUACAGACACACACACACACACACACACGUACACAAGGGAGCGUGCACAAUUAAUAAAUAAAAUAAAAAAGAGAGAAGGGGAGGGAGAAACAAAAGCAAGUGUACAGCAGGUUGUGUUUGGGACAAAGUAGGUCAAAUUCCUUUUGGAAACAGUUUGGAAAGGACUUAACCAUGUGAGGUCGAAGCCACCAUUGGUGAACAUGGAAUACAUGAUUAGAGGCGGGUUAGGGCUUCCGCCUAUGAUGGCUUAGACCUCAGAGAGUUAAAGGGGUUUCAUGCUUUUCGUGAGGUAAGGUAAAGGCAGUAGAGUCAGGCAACUGAGCAAAGCUUGAACUGGUCUUAGCUGCUUCUAAGUACUUUGCACAGUGCAGCACAAGCACCACAGUGAAGCUGAACGUCUAGAGAGACAAAGCUUUGCCACAAACUCAACUCAGCUCAAUGAAAAACUUGUUCUGACUAAAGAGAUAUUGCAAAAAAUUUCAGGUUUCCCAAUGUGUUUAAUUUUCAGCUUUGUGCACAGGUUGCUACAGAGCACCUGAUACCAUUUUUGGGCCUAUUUGGAGUCCCUGCACAUUCUAUCCGUCCAAUGCUGAGUCAGAGUAGAUUCUAUAGAGGUUUUUUCCAACACUUAUUAACCGAAAAACUAAAAUUCAAUUCAAUUCAA